GAUCUUAUCACGUUUAGCUGUAUACUAUGUUGAUAUAUAUGACACACGUUUGCACAUAAUCACGCAAUAAAUUUUACAUUACGUCACCUAUUAAUACACUUCGCAUCACGAUUAUAAUUUUCUAUCUACGUAUUUAAUACCAAAAAAUCAGAAUAAGUAUGGCAAAAUAUCGAUUUUGUCAUUAAUAAAAUACGAUGUUUGAUUAAAAUAUGAUGGAUGAUAAGAGAUGACCUUAAUAUCAAAUAAUUUACCUAUAUUGUAAGAUUAUAAAAUAUAAGAAUUAUAGAUUUAAUUCUUAUUUGAAUUAUAUUUUUAAAAUAUGAAGAUAAAGUUGGUUUUGGGGAUGGUUUAGUUGGUCAUCUUCAACCAUGUUGCGUGCUGCAGAGAAAAAAAUACUUUCUUGUUUGAAAACAGCAUACCGAGGAUGGUAUGUAGAUAUUGGUCCUGUAGUAGGUACAGCCGAUAAAAUAUGGACUAUUUCUUUGAAUGAAGAAUCGGCAAAAACCCCUAUUGUCCUCUUACAUGGUUUGGGUGCAGGUGUAGCUCUUUGGUGCUUAAAUCUUGACGCACUUGCAUCGCAAAGACCAGUAUACGCUAUAGAUCUUUUAGGUUUUGGUAGGAGUAGUAGGCCAGUCUUUAGCUCAGAAGCAAAAGAAGCCGAGGAACAAUUAGUUCGUUCUAUUGAAGAAUGGAGGAGAGAAAUGCAAUUAGAAAAAUUUGUAUUGUUAGGACAUUCAAUGGGUGGUUUCCUUGCUGCAUCCUAUACUAUGCAACAUCCAGAAAGAGUAAAGCACUUGAUUCUUGCGGAUCCGUGGGGAUUUCCAGAGAGACCUUCAGAAGUAGCAAUAAAAGCAAAUGUUCCUCUUUGGGUUAAAGCCAUAGCUUUUGUAGUACAGCCCUUAAAUCCUCUAUGGGCAGUAAGAGUCGCAGGUCCAUUUGGACAAUGGCUUAUUGAAAAAACUAGGCCAGACAUAGUUAAGAAAUUUUCUUCAUUAUUGAAAGACGAUACAGGAGUAAUUUCACAAUAUAUACAUCAAUGUAAUGCCCAAACUCCAUCUGGUGAAAGUGCUUUUCAUGCUAUGAUGCAAGGUUUUGGUUGGGCAAAGCAUCCUAUUGUGAAACGAAUGGAUAAAUUAAAUCCAGAAAUUCCGAUAACAUUAUUAUACGGUAGCCGUUCUUGGGUAGAUAAUUCGGCUGGCGAAGCUAUCAAACAAUCUCGUUUGUCAUCAUAUGUCAAUGUACAAGUUAUAACAGGAGCAGGACAUCAUGUUUAUGCUGAUAAAAGUGACAUUUUUAACAAAUACGUAUUGGAAGCGUGUACUUUAAGCGAUUCAACUCAGUCCUUAUCAAAUUCGCAUAUACAUACAAGUUCAAAAUACGCAAUAGAAAAUAAUGAUUUGUUGAAGAUUGAAAAUAAUACGUCUGAACCUCAAAGAGUAGAUGAAGAACAAGAAUUAGAUGCACAACGGCCAAGGUCUAGUUAAUGUAUAUUUUAUUAUUUUAUAAAAUAGAAUUUUAUGAUUUUAUGUACACAUAUGCAUAUAUGAAUUGUACAUGACUUGCAUGUAUUAACAUGUAAUAUUUAAGAAAAAAAUGUGCAAAUAUUAUAUAGUGGUCAGCAUUUGAAUGUUAUUAUAACAGUUAUAUCAUUCGAGUAAAAAUAGGAUAUUUUUAAAGUUACAUUAAAAUACUAUUUUUCAAAAAUUUCUUUAAUUAUACUUCCGUAUUAAAGCAGUGUUAAUGUAUCUGACU